GUAUUAUGCAAAGCCGUGACAGACGAGAGCGGGGCCAGCUAGAGGCCCAGCGACCUCCCCUGCCUGCGGCUUGCCCGGCCGCCUGAGUGGCCUGGAGACUCCCCUGGCCUGGGCCGCGCACCGCUGAGGGCCGGGAUGGCCUGAGUGCCCCGGGCGCGGCGGCGCACAGCGGCUUGCAACAUGGGGAACCAGGAUGGGAAGCUGAAAAGGAGCGCAGGUGAUGCCUCGCUGGAGAGCGGCGGCGCUGAGGAUUCUGUUGGGCCCAGAGAUGUGGAAGCCACAAAGAAGGGGGCUGGGGGUAAAAAGGCGCUGGGCAAGCACAGCAAGGGGGCAGGGGGCGGCGGCGGGGAGCCGGGCAAGAAAAAGAGCAAGUCCGACUCCAGAGCCUCAGUGUUUUCCAACCUGCGGAUCAGGAAGAACCAGUCCAAGGGGAAAGGCACCGGCGGCUCCCGAGAGGAUGUGCUGGAUCACCAGGCCCUCCAGACCGGGGAGCUGGACAGCGCUCACUCUGUGGUCACCAAAACCCCAGACCUCAGCCUUUCCGCGGACGAGAUCGGCCUGUCGGAUAUUGAGUGUCCAGACCCUUUUGACGCGACCGGUCCAAGUGGCCUGGGGCGGACCGAUGCUGGGGUCGGGAUCCGGGCGGUCGCUGAGGAUUUGGAAACUACCGGAGGGGCGCAGAAUGGACAAAGGACCAGUUCGGGCUCGGACACGGACAUCUACAGCUUCCACUCUGCUACAGAGCAGGAGGAUUUGCUUUCAGACAUCCAGCAGGCGAUCCGGAUGCAGCAGCAGCAGCAGCAGCUGCUGCUCCAGGGCGCCGAGGAACUUGCAGCGCCCCCAACGGUUGCCUCGCCUCAGCCCGAGGCCUUCCUCGGCCUGGACCGAUUCCUGCUGGGGCCAAGAGGCGUUGCUGGAGAGGCCGUGGGCAGUCCCGACGCAGAGCAGGUGCUGUCGGCGCUCUCCGACCUGCCUGAGAGCCAGGUCACCGAAUCCUCCGUGCCCAAGCAGCCCCCGCUCCCCAGCGGCAGCCUCUCCUCCGAGGUGCCCCACUUGGAGGAUGCCCAGCCCUCGGCGGCGGACUCUGUCGUGUCCACCUCCUUCCGCUUUCCCGAGUCUGAACCUGGCGAGGUUGUGGUGGGAGACCCCGCGCAAGGUGCUGGGGACACGGAUGAGGAAGGCGAGGAGGAAGCUUUUGAAGAUGCCCCCCGAGGCUCCCCCGGGGAGGCGUGGGGCCUAGCGUUGGGAGAGACUCAGCAGAGGUUGGAGGGGAGAUCCGAGGAGCUGUCGGGAGCCGAGGAGUCCGGCUCCCCCGCAGCUGCCUCCCUGCCCAGCAGCCCUGUUCCCAGCUUGCGCUGCUUCAAGCCCUACCCGAUCAUUACCCCUUGCUACAUCAAGACCACCACCCGGCAACUCAGCUCUCCUAAUCAUUCCCCGUCUGAGUCCCCCAGCCAGAGCCCCAGGAUCAAGAGGCGGCUGGAGUCUGCCCUGAGUCGGGGACCAAGACCUUCCCUCGCCUCUGCCGCCGCCCCGGCGCAAAAACACAGAGCCGACGGGGGCCUGGCUGGUGGCCUCAGCCGUUCUGCAGACUGGACGGAGGAACUGGGUGCCCGAACGACCCGGGCUGGAGACUCUGCUCUCCCGGUGCGCGGAUCAGCCCCAGGCAGUUGCGAUGGGGCACCCCAAGCCCCGACAGCCACAUCUGCUGCUGGGGCUCAGACGACUGCAGAGGGUUUCCAGAACGUGUUCACUGGGCGGACUUUACUGGAAAAGCUGUUCAGCCAGCAAGAGAACGGGCCUCCAGAAGAAGCAGAGAAAUUUUGCUCAAGGAUCAUCGCUAUGGGUCUCCUACUUCCUUUUAGUGACUGCUUCAGGGAACCAUGUAAUCAGAGUACCCAACCAAGUUCAGCGCCAUUUGAUCAAGAUCAACUUUACACCUGGGCUGCAGUUAGUCAACCCACACACUCAUUGGAUUACAGAGUUUCCACAGAAGGACAGUUUCCCAGGCACGUCCCACCUGUUUGGACACCAUCUCAACCUCCUGAUGAAGAACACAGGCCCAAAGAUGUUGACACAGAAUCUCAAUCUGCUGUUUUGGAAACUCCAAAAAAAUGUUCAGAUGCUGUUCAGCAGGAAGUUUUUGACAUGAAGUCUGAGGGACAGGCAACUGUAAUUCAACAGCUGGAACAGACCAUUGAGGAUCUGAGGACCAAAAUAGCUGAACUAGAAAAGCACUACCCUGUUGUGGAUAUGGAGGUGACUAGUGGCCAUCAUGGGAUUCAGAAUGGAAUGGCACCCUCAGAAGAUAACUGUCUUGAAGCAUUCAGGUUAGGAGAAAAGGAUGUACAGCAUCAAAGGAUUUUACAGGCAAAAUCAAUCCAGACAUCCCCAACAGAAGAGGACAGGACAUCAACACUGCCUUCUGUGAAUGCUCUGCCAGAAUGUCCCCCAUGUCCACCUGGGGAUGAAAGUGCAUACUCGGUUGUGCCGACCUCACUUUCUGGACCUCAGACAAAAUUCUGUUCAGAGAUUUCUUUGAUUGUAUCUCCAAGGCGUAUAUCAGUACAACUUGAAGCACAAGCACAGCUUCCAUCACCUCUAUCCCUUCCUCAGGUGGAUAGUCAAGGACAGGUUGGAUCACAGCCUUCCCAUCUUUCUCUUCAUACUGAGUUUGAAACCAGCCAUGAACAUACUAUGUUCUCUUCCUUUGAAUGCAGCCAUAGCAUCCCACCCCCACCACCUCUUCCUAUGUCUUGCACAGAGUCCUCCAGCUCCAUGCCUGGUGUGAGCGUGGCAGCAUCUCCACAUCCCCCUCUCUCUGGCACCACAGGGCCUGCUCUGCCCAGUACAGCAAUCCCUCCUCCUCCUCCUCCUCCUCCUCCUCCUCCUCCUCCUCUGCCUGGCACAGAAAUGCUGUCAUCCCCUCUCCCACCUUUGUCUAGUAAGGGAAUACCUCCUCCUCCCCCUCUGCCAGGUGAGGGAAUACCUCCUCCCAGGCCUCUUUCUGGAGUAGGAAUACCUCCUCCUCCCCCCCCACUUCCUGGAAUGGAAAUACCUCCUCCCCCACCUCUGCCAGGAAUGGGGAUACCCCCUCCCCCACCUCUGCCAGGAGUGGGGAUACCCCCUCCCCCACCUCUGCCAGGAGUGGGGAUACCUCCUCCCCCACCUCUGCCUGGAGUGGGGAUACCUCCUCCCCCACCUCUGCCUGGAGUGGGGAUACCUCCUCCCCCACCUCUGCCUGGAGAAGGGAUACCCCCUCCCCCACCUCUGCCAGGAGUGGGGAUACCCCCUCCUCCACCUCUGCCUGGAGUGGGGAUACCCCCUCCCCCACCUCUGCCUGGAAUGGGGAUACCCCCUCCCCCACCUCUGCCUGGAGUGGGGAUACCUCCUCCCCCACCUCUGCCUGGAGGGGGGAUACCCCCUCCUCCACCUCUGCCUGGAGUGGGGAUUCCUGCAGUUCCUCCUUUGUCAGGUAUGGGGAUUCCACCUGCUCCAGCUCCUCCUCUCCUUCCAGGAAGAGAUAUUCCUCCACCACCACCCCCCCCUCUGCUUCCUGGAUCAGGUUCUUCACUCUCCCCACAAGUGAGCAGCAGCACUUUACCAACACAAGUGUGUGGAUUUCUUCCUCCUCCCUUGCCAACAGGCUUGUUUGGAUUAGGGAUGAACCAGGACAAAGGGAGUAGGAAGCAGCCUAUAGAGCCUUGCCGCCCAAUGAAGCCUCUCUAUUGGACAAGAAUUCAACUACAUAGUAAAAGCUUGAGAGACUCCAGUACUUCUCUUAUUUGGGAAAAAAUUGAAGAGCCAUCCAUAGAUUGUCAUGAAUUUGAGGAAUUGUUUUCUAAAACUGCUGUAAAAGAAAGGAAGAAACCCAUUUCUGACACCAUCACAAAGACCAAGGCCAAACAAGUUGUCAAGUUAUUAAGCAACAAAAGAUCACAAGCAGUUGGAAUAUUGAUGUCCAGUCUUCAUUUAGAUAUGAAAGACAUACAACAUGCUGUUGUGAACUUGGACAAUUCUGUGGUUGACCUGGAGACCCUACAAGCUCUCUAUGAAAAUCGAGCACAAUCAGAUGAACUGGAAAAAAUUGAAAAGCAUGGCCGAUCCUCUAAAGACAAAGAAAAUGCCAAGCCUCUGGACAAACCUGAACAGUUCCUUUAUGAACUGUCACUAAUCCCCAACUUUUCAGAGCGAGUUUUUUGCAUCCUGUUCCAGUCCACAUUUUCAGAAAGCAUAUGCUCAAUUCGACGCAAACUGGAAUUGCUACAGAAAUUAUGUGAGACAUUAAAAAAUGGCCCAGGGGUUAUGCAGGUUCUGGGUUUGGUUCUUGCUUUUGGCAACUACAUGAAUGGUGGAAAUAAGACUCGUGGACAGGCUGAUGGUUUCGGAUUAGACAUUCUUCCAAAACUGAAAGAUGUCAAAAGCAGUGACAACAGCAGAAGCCUUUUGUCAUAUAUUGUUUCCUAUUAUCUUCGAAAUUUUGAAGAGGAUUCUGGGAAAGAACAGUCUGUCUUUCCACUACCAGAACCCCAAGACCUUUUUCAAGCCUCACAGAUGAAGUUUGAAGAUUUUCAGAAAGAUCUCAGAAAAUUACACAAAGAUUUGAAAGCCUGUGAAGUUGAAGCAGGAAAAGUAUAUCAGGUGUCUUCAAAAGACCAUGUCCAACCUUUCAAAGACAACAUGGAGCAAUUUAUUAUUCAAGCUAAAAUUGACCAAGAGGCAGAGGAGAAUUCACUGACAGAAACUCAUAAAUGCUUUUUGGAGACCACAGCGUAUUUCUUAAUGAAACCAAAACUUGGUGAGAAAGAAGUAUCCCCAAAUGUUUUCUUCAGUAUCUGGCAUGAAUUCAGCUCUGAUUUUAAAGACUUUUGGAAGAAAGAGAACAAGCUUAUUCUACAAGAGAGAGUAAAAGAAGCUGAAGAGGUAUGUAGGCAGAAGAAGGGGAAAUCACUUUAUAAAAUAAAACCAAGACAUGACUCUGGAAUUAAAGCAAAGAUAAGCAUGAAAACCUGAACAAUGAAGAGCAGAUUAACAAUGAAUCAUUGUAAACAUUUCCACACAAUUCAACUGACCUGAGGGUGGAAAGGAAACAGCAUCAUAUGACAAUAUUUCUUCUUGACCUCUUGCAUAAUCUUUGUGUUUUCUAGACAGUUCAUUGUUUGUUAAAUUUUACUGUGCAUUCAUGUAAUAAUGUAAAAGCAGUAUACCAGUUGACAGCUUUUCUUUUUGUAAAAGUUUAUGGUAUUAUACUGAUAGACCAAAACAGCAUGUUUGGAGGCAGUAUCUGCAUUAAUUCUGAACAUGCUAAAUAUAAACCUAAAAUUUACUUUUGUGGCAAUAUUCCUUAUCACAACAAGAUGCUUUCUACUGAUGACCUAUGCUCCAUGCCACUGAAUUUAGUUUGAUGAGUAAAAUGUUAUUUCUAGUGCAUUGUUUGUAUCAGUUCAUGUCUACAUACACAUUUUCUAUUUUAAAAUUUGCGGAUGAUUUAUGUCAUAAUCACAGCUUUCCCAAUUCUUGGAUUGCUCUUCAUGGCUAUAUAUUUGUGGACGAAGAUUAUCUCUUUUUAUUCAAGUCAGAAGAUGAAUAAAAUAUUAUAGCAAAAGCAGAAAGAAUCUUUUCCUAUGAAUCAUUUAAUAUAGGCAGAAAUUAGAAUUUUAAGCGUAAUGAGAGUUUUUGUCAGUGUCAUUAGAGGCUCUACAAAAAGGUAAACUGCAACAAAGGUAAAUCAAAAAGAAGGCGUGCCUCUCUAUAUUUUGAAGGAAUUUAAAUAAAUGAUGAUUGUAAACCAAACAUGACUAAAUGUUGGCCAAAAAAUAAGUUUUUGCAUGGAUUGGCAUCUACCUAGAAACUGAAUUAAACUUAAUUAAACUGCCUUAGUAUUUUGAGAUGAUUUGGGCUGUUUUAAUGUGUCAUUGCAGGUGAUCACAAGCUGUAAAAUGAAUAUGUAAUGAUUCAUUAUCUGAAGGAGGCUAGGAAAGAAUUUUAUUUUAUUAAAGGGGACAAGGUAAAUCUCCACUAAUUCCUUAAAGCUCAGCUCAUGAUGCAUAUGAAGGUUUUGUGAAACAUUAAUAGGUUUUUAAAAAAUUAUUUUCAUGAUAUUUAUUGGGGGUUUUGUUUGUGGAUAAAGUGGAGAACUUAUUGCAAACCAAUUAUGGAAAGCAACUUAAAAAGUAAAAUGAUAUUCUGAAUUAUAACUUUGUUUAUAUUAUAUAAAAUAUGAUCUCUUGCCAUUUAGUUUGUAGUUCAAGUGCGAAGAAAUAGUUGUGGGUUUUUUGUUGUUGUUUUAUAGUCUUCCUGUCCCCUUUCAUCCCUCCAAUGUGUAUAUUGCCAUUAUUCAAUGAAAUAAUAGGGCAUUUAACAAAGAUUGCUAUGUGCAAUACUGUAUUUAGUGUUUCUAUUUCAAUUUUUCU